CCUGGACUACGCAAUUGCUGUGGUCAGACGUUCCCACUGUGCCGCAAGGUGAUAUCCCAUGCGCUUUUCGGCACGUCAACGAACACGACUGCACCAACGUUGGUUGAUACGCGCUGCCCUAUAAGACACAAGUAAGUCAGGGGUGGAGGGCAUUCGCUAAUUUUUGAUAUGUUUAGUGAAAAUAUCAAUACCUCCAGAAGCUAUGUUGAUACCAGCGGCUCGCUGGCAGUCGACGCAAAGUUCCACGUUCGCUCACUGCCUGAUGGCACAGAGUUUCAAGUGAGCCGCCAUGCCAUUGAAACAUGCGAUGUAUUCCGGAAUAUGUUUGCAUGCUGUGACCAAGGUUUCGAAUUAGUGGGCGACGACGACGAGCCUGCAGGGUCCCAGGAAGCAGUUCUCGACUUGGAUGAAACAGAGCAGGCUUUAGCAACUUUGUUCCGCCUCAUUCAACGACCCCCCGACCCUCCCCCGAUGGAGAAUUCAGACGGAACGAGACCUCGUUUCAAAUUGGACGCGGGCUCAGUCAUUCCGUUCCCGGUUCUUCCAUUCAUGCUUCAUCUGGCUGAUAAGUAUGGACUCCCGGAAACAAUUGUCUGUUCACUACACUUGCACGUGCAAGCCAACGCCUCAUCAAAUCCACUCCCCGUUUAUGCAUAUGCCACAGCACAUAACUUGCCGAAGAUUGCGGCAGAGGCAAGCGCUCAUCUGCUCCAUCCCCCACUAUCAUCAUACACCAAAGAGGAUAUACAAAUCAUUCCCACUGUCACCGCAUAUCACGAGCUUCUGAGGCUCCAUGAAUACCGGAAAUAUAGACUGCGAGAUAUCCUGCUGAAAGAGGACAUUUUCCCGCACGGAUAUGGCACUUGUCCUGUGCACAAGCAGUGGGCCACCCAACUCUGGGAACAGAAGCGGGUGUACCUGGCCACCCAAAUCGAAGCAGCUACUGAUAUAGCGGGGGAGAUGGGUGAAUUGGCCGGCCAGCUUUCGUCUUGCUCUCUGUGUCAUAAGGCUUUGACAGCCGCUGUGGAAAUGCUUCAGUAUAAAUGCCGGAAAGUUGCAAGGACCGUAGAUUACGUGCCACAAGAUUACUGGCUCUGUCCAAUCUAA